AUGGAGGCAUUCUUUGUGCGCAGAGAUCAGCUAUCAGUGGAACAGGACUGUUUGACAUGGGGCUACAGGGUCAUUAUCCCGAGGAGCUUGCAGCCUGCCGUGCUGUCGCUAUUGCACGAAGCUCAUCCAAGCAUGACGCGGAUGAAGAUGUUAGCGAGGUCAUAUGUUUGGUGGCCUGGUCUAGACAAAGAUCUAGAGAGCACAGUACGGAGCUGCAAAAUCUGUCAAAGUGUUCUUCCGGCAAAGACUGUUGGUCCUUUGCAGCCCUGGUCAUACCCGACAAGAGUUCGGCAACGUGUACAUGUGGACUAUGCUCUCAAGGACGGCGUAAAUUUGCUGGUGCUGGUCGACGCCUACUCGAAAUGGGUUGAGGUUUUCUGUAUGAAUACAACGACUACUACAAGCACACUGAAGAGGUUGGACGCCCUUUUUGCAUCCUAUGGUUACCCUGAAGAAUUGGUAACAGACAACGGGCCACAGUUCGCCUCUGAGGAAUUUCAAGAGUUCCUGCGACAGCGAGGAAUCAGACAUACUCGAACACCUCCAUACCACGCUGCUUCCAACGGAGCUGCAGAGAGACUGGUGAGGACCACCAAGACUGCGCUCUUCAAGGAAGUUCUGGAAGACAGGAUAAUGGGAGCGAAGCGUACAGUACAAGAGCGCAUCAACGACGAUGUCCUACCGAAACACGCCAAAUUCGGUAACGGCAAAGGCUCCAGCGGAGCUUUUCCUGAAGCGGUUGCCCCGCAUUAG